AUGGCCUCCCUCCCCAUUGAAGCCAACCCCGACGCUAUCACGGACGUGGAACUAGCACCUGUCACCAAUACCUGCAAACAAGAUGACCCAUUCCUAGUUACAUUCGCAGAACCCUUCGAUCCAGACAACCCCAAAGACUGGCGAACAGGUCGGAAAUGGGCCGUGACCGAUGUUCUCUCCGCGACGGGCUUCAAUCGCAUCAUGGUAUCGACCAUUAUGGCACCGGCACUUUCGACGAUCGCAAAGGAGUUUGACAUGAACUCCGCCGAGUCGGCUAUGGCUCUGUCUAUCUAUCUCCUCGCGACCGCAUUUGGACCGUUGGUGAUCGGGCCAUUGUCGGAGGUGUAUGGCAGGAAACCGAUCCUGCAUGCCUCGAACGUCUGGUUCCUGAUCUGGAAUAUUGCUUGUGGUUUUGCAAAUAGCAAAGCAACCUUGAUAGCUUCUCGUUUCUUUGCGGGCUUUGGUGCUAGUGCCAUCUAUGCACUUGCUUAUGGAGUUCUCGGUGAUGUGUGGCGACCGGAGCAGCGAGGUCGCUCGCUCGGUAUUUAUCUGUUGAUUCCUUUGCUGGGUGCCGCUGUUGGACCCAUUAUCGGUGGAUUCAUGGCAGACCGAACCACCUGGCGAUGGAUGUUCUGGUCGACUUCGAUCUUCCAAGCGGUGAUGAUACUGGUCUCCUUCCUCUCCUUUUGGGAGACGCACGAACCGUCGAUCCUGCGAAAACGCGCAGAGAAGAUUCGGAAGGAAACUGGGGACUCGCGAUACUAUACGGCAGAUGAGCGCAUUAAUGCUAACAAGUCAGCGGCGAGGAUCUUGGGCAGAGCUUUGAUCAGACCAGUUCGCCUCCUUGCUUUCCACCCGAUAAUCCAAAUCGCCUCAUUGAUCUCUGCAUUCUAUUACGGUAUCCUCUACAUCGUUCUGUCCACCUUUUCCGACCUAUGGGUCCAACAAUACAAUCAAUCCAUUGAGAUCAGCGGUCUACACUAUAUCGCUAUUGCUCUGGGCGAGAUAGCCGGCAGUCAAAUCUGCGCCAAGAUGAUGGACAGCCUAUACCACCGUCUCAAAGCGCGCGCCAAUGGUGAACACAGUCCCGAGCUACGGACACCGUCCAUUUUCCCGGGUGCUCUUAUCGGGCCCCUCGGUCUAUUCCUCUACGGCUGGGCCGCGGCAUAUCGCUGGCACUGGAUCAUCGUCGACAUAGGUGUCUUUAUCGCCUUGCUGGGGAUGCAGAUGACGGGUAUGCCAUUGCAGGCAUAUGUUAUGGAGGCUUACCCUGAGCACACGAGCAGUGCGAGUGGUGCGUCGCAGUUCCUGCGCAGUUUGACCGCGUUUUUGUUCCCGCUGUUUGCGCCUCGGAUGUACCAGGCUCUUGGGUACGGGUUCGGAAAUACUACUAUAGGGCUCAUUGGGCUGGCCAUUGGUCUUCCUGCUCCGUUGGUGAUUUGGUACUAUGGUGCGAAGCUUAGGGCAAAGGCGUCCUCAAGUUAUUGA